AUGAGACCUACUCAAAUUAGAUUAAUAAAAGUGAAUCCUGAUAAAAUUCGCCGCGUUGCAGUCAUCGGAGCUGGUCCAGUUGGAUCAGGUUUAACAAAAGCCUUGCUGAAUGAGAAACAUUUCGAAUCUGUCAAAGUUUUUGAGAAGAGAUCCAAUUUUGGUGGUCUAUGGAACUAUACAAAACCUUUACUGAAGGACUCUAAUGUCACAUCGUCGCCGUCUGUUCCUUGUGAAUACCCUCACAUUAGAAUUCAACCUCAACCACACCCUGAAGAAACACAUGUGUUCCAAACAGCAGUUUAUAAAUAUCUAGAUACCAAUGUUCCUAAGACAUUGAUGGAGUACAAAGGUCACAGAUUUCCAACAGACACCCCAUUAUUCCCUGUGAGAGAACAAGUGCUUGAUUAUAUUAUGAAAUAUUCCAAACCCAUUGAAAAAUAUGUUACUUUCAACUCAGAAAUUGUGAAAGUUUCUUACGAAGACGCAACAGCUGAAUAUUCUGUCAAAGCUCAGAACCUUCUCAGUAAGGAAAUUACAGAGGAGAAGUUCGAUGCCGUUGCCGUUGCUACUGGAUUUUAUGAUCUACCAUUUAUUCCUUCAAGACCAGGUUUAAAAGAAUGGAACGUGAAAUACCCAUGCUCCGUUUCCCAUGCCAAGGAUUUUGACUGUCCAGAAGAUUUCCAUGGUGUAGAAGGGGAGAUUUUGAUUGUUGGUAACAGUGCUUCUGGUGCAGACUUAGCAUUUGAAUUGGCUAACGAACUACAGAAGCCUAUUUAUAAGUCGAAGAGAUCCGAAUCCAAAUUACCGGCCCCAUUCGAUCCUUUCAUUAAAGAUGUGCCUGAUAUUAGAGAGUUUAAUCCGUCAACAAAAUCGAUUACCUUCGUUGACGGCACCGAAUUAAAGAAUGUGGAAAAAGUGAUUUUCUGUACUGGUUACUUAAAGUCCCUACCAUUUUUACCACAGAAUGAAUCUGGUGUCGGAAAUUCCAUUCUCAACAACUUAAUUGGUGAUGGUAGACGAGUACAAAACCUGUACAACCAUAUUCUUCCAAUAUCAUUGCCAACAUUCGGUAUUAUUGGCCUACCAAGGUUUGUUCUUCCUACAAGACUAUCCGAGACCCAAGGUGCUUGGUUGAGCAGAGUAUGGUCAGGAAGAAUCCAACUUCCAUCGGAGGAACUUCAACAGAAGUACCAUGAUUGGUUCAUCGAGAAAAGUGGCGAUGGAAGUAAGUAUCAUGAUUUGGCAUUCCCAUGGGACGUCCAAUACUCUCAACGAUUAAAUCGUGAGAUUAGACAUGCUGGUAAUGGUGGUUAUUUUGGUGUUGAAUGGAAAGGAGAUCAGAUUAGAGCUAGGUCAGCCAUCAACGCUAUAAAAGAAGGAUAUGUCGCUUAUUACAAAGCUACCGGUACAAAGGCCAAAACUCUGGAUGAACUUUUGGAAAGUGGGUAUCUCAAAUGGCCAGAAGAUUCUAAGUCCUGCGUACAAAUUCCAACCUUUGUACCAUAA